AACGUGUUCUGGAGAAGGAGGGAAGCCAGGGAAAGGGGCUUGGAGUGAAUGAAGCUGGUGGGGCUCAUGGGCACACAUGGGCUGCUAUGUCAGAUUUCCCAGGGCAGGGAGUAGAGCUGAGUUAGAAACAAGUCCGGCUGGGUUGGGUGUGGUGGCUCACGCCUGUGAUCCCAGCACUUUGGGAGGCUGAGGCAGGCAGAUCACUUGAGGUCAGGCAUUCGAGGCCAGCCUGACCAACAUGGUGAAACCUGGUCUCCUAAAAAUACAAAAAUGAGCCGGGUGUGGUGGGUGCCUGGAAUCACAGCUACUUGGGAGGCUGAGGCAGAAGAAUUGCUUGAACCUGGGAGGUUGCAGUGAGCCGAGAUGGAGCCACUGCACUCCAACCUGAGGGACACUGUGAAACUCCAUCUCAAAGGCAUGCUGGGCAGGCCCCCAAGGCUGGCCUGACCAUGCCAGGGGGCACAGGCUCCAGCAGGCUGCCUCUCCACACUCCAGCCUUCAGGAACCCCUGGUCUUGGGCAUGUACUCUGUGGGAUGCCAUUUGGCCCCAUCUCACACUGGGGGGCUGGGAAGCAGCUGGGGGUACACAGUCCCGUAUGAGUCAUUCAUUGAACCAGGCCUCAUCCACCCCAACCACACUUAGCAAGUCACCCUGGCUGGGCCUGUGCUGCCUCCAGUUGGUCAUCUGGACUGGAUUUCCCCGCAGCCAAGCACUAUGCUUCCCAGACCCUGGUAUCCAGUCUGUGCAGGCCAGGUGUCUGGAGCCAGGCCUGGUGACAGGUAUCCCCCAGGUGGGAGGAGGGGACUGUCCUGGCUCUGACCCGGAUAUCAGAUCCGGAGCUGAGGGGGAGGCGUGGGGUCAGGAGGGGAGGCGUCCUGAGGUUUCCCUGGCCAAGGUUGCAGACAAGGGGCGCAGACAAUCGGCGCAUUGUGAGCAGGGGCUGCAGCAUGGAGCCAGCAAGCUGCUGCGCGGAGCGCCCCGAAGCUGGGCCUGCAGGGGUGAGUGGGCUCCCAUCACUCCUGCAGCAAGGACCCAGGGGGUGCCCCAGGCCACUUGCUCCGUGGUCUCUAACCCCCAUGACCCCUCUGACCCUGACGCAUGCCCAGGUGAAGACCAAGCCCUGCUGUGGGGGCUGGAGAGCCGCGGGCCUGCUGCUGCUGCUGCUGCUGGCACUGGCUGCAGGGACUGUGGCUGGAGGGCUUCUUGGCUUCGCUCAGGGCCCUCCCAAGCCACGGCUGCAGACGCUGCGAAUGACCCUCCCGAGCCCCCACAUGUCGAGGCCCAACCAAACCAUCCUGGUGGACGUGGCCCAGAAUGCGGCAACCAUCACAGUGACCGCACCUCAGAGCAACCACAGCUGGGUGGUGCUGUUCGACGGGCAGAGCGGCUGCAUCUGUUACCGCCCUGAGGAGCACCACGCCUGCUUCCUCCGCCUGAUGGGGGACAGUGAUCGGGAGACCCUGCGGCUGCUGGUGGAUACCUCCAAGCAGGCCCAAGGGACUCCGGGCCCCAGCCAGGACACCCACCACACCCAGGAGCUGCUGGCAGUGCUGGGGAGCCACGAGGUGGACCCCACCCAGGUGGGCGCUUUGGUGCAGCACCUGUGCGCAAGGACCCCCAUCUACUGGGCCCAGCGUGUGGAGGGUGAGUUGGGGUUGCUGCAUGGGGAGGCCAGACCCACGGAGGAGCUGGGGUCAGAGCCCUUGGGAACUCACGACGCCCUCACCACAGGGCCCCAGAGGCAGCGGCUCAUCUAUCUCUGCAUCGACAUCUGCUUCCCAAGCAACAUCUGUGUAUCAGUCUGCUUUUAUUACCUCCCAGACUGAGCCCCCGACCUGGCCAAGCCCAGCCCCAGUCCCCAGUCCAGCGGGCUGGCCAGAUCGCCCGCACCAGGGAGGACAGCUGCCGGCGGGGACGAAUAAACCCUUCCACCUGGC